CAAGUGCAAUUAUUAGUUGAAAAGGCUAAACACAACGAAGAAAAUCAUGAUGUUUCUCAACUCCAAGUUUUCAGCUUUCUUGCUACUCCUUGUGACUCACUUAGCAAAUCACCAAACGCAAUCGAAAAGCUUCGAUCAAGAAUACGCGAACCAGAUUCUGAGCUCAGCCCACAAAGAAAAGGGCUGGUUAGUCUCAAUCAGAAGGAGAAUUCACGAAAACCCAGAGCUCAGCUUUCAAGAAUUCAACACCAGCGCCCUAAUUCGCAGCAAGCUCGAUGAACUCGGCGUUUCUUACGACUACCCAUUUGCCAAAACGGGCGUCGUCGCUCAAAUCGGGUCUGGCGCCCGCCCCGUUGUUGCCCUGCGUGCUGACAUGGACGCUCUUCCGCUGCAAGAGCUAGUUGAGUGGGAGCACAAGAGCAAAUUGGAUGGUGUGAUGCACGGAUGUGGGCACGAUGCUCAUACUACUAUGCUGCUCGGGGCUGCCAAGUUGCUUCAACAAAGGAAAGACGAGCUUAAGGGAACAGUAAGGCUUCUGUUUCAGCCUGCCGAGGAGGGAGGUGCCGGUGCGUCCCAUAUGAUAAAAGAUGGCGCUCUCGGUGAGGCAGAGGCGAUAUUUGGUAUGCACGUUGAUUUCACAAAUCCAACGGGAAGUAUAUCGAGUAUCCCGGGACCGAUUCUUGCUGCAGUGAGCUUCUUCGAAGCGAAAAUAGUUGGAAGAGGCGGGCACGCUGCAGCACCCCACCUCAGCAUCGACCCGAUUGUUGCUGCAUCGUAUACUAUAUUGGCGCUACAGCAGCUCGUCUCGAGGGAAGUAGAUCCUCUUCAUAGUCAAGUGCUUUCCGUCACGUAUGUACGAGGCGGGACUGCGUUAAACGUCAUUCCCAGCAGCGUCGAGAUAGGAGGUACGCUCAGAAGUCUCACGACCGAAGGUCUACGCCAACUCCAACGGAGGGUUACCGAGGUUAUCGAAGGGCUGGCGGCUUCACUGAGAUGUACAGCACACGUUGACAUGAAAGAAGAAGAAUACCCGGCGUAUCCGGCUUGUUUCAACGACGAAGGACUGCAUCGGCACGUGGAGAGGGUCGGGGGCCUCCUUUUGGGGCCGGAGAAGGUGAAGGAGGGGAAGAAGGUGAUGGCGGGCGAGGACUUCGCCUUCUAUCAGGAGGUGAUCCCGGGGGAAAUAUUCAACAUCGGGAUCAGGAACGAGGCGAUAGGGGCGGUUCACUCGGCUCAUUCGCCGUAUUUCUUCCUCGACGAGGACGUUCUCCCGAUCGGAGCAGCUCUUCAUGCUGCGGUCGCGGAAGUUUAUCUGAGAGAUCACAGCCAUUCUGCUAUCUAAUUGGAUGUAAAAGUUGAACAAUGAAUCGGAUAAAAAUGAUUGAAAUAAAAUGCUUAAUUCUGUGUUA